UUUCAAAGGUACCGCCACGGUCACUCUGCAGACGACCAAUCGACGGCGAAGCGCGAAGAGAAUAUCAAUAAAUAGUUUUAAUUUAGAUUAAUUGCACGUAAAUAAAAGUCGCUUAGCCGGGCAGCAGUUAAGUUUAAAGUAACCAAGUCAAUUUAUCGAGCCUUGCACCAACUAGUGAAAAAAUGUCGGGCAGUGAAACCAACAAAACACCGCUGCAGCAGCCACAGCACCAGCAAUUCGCACUGCUGCCCAAGAUCAUCAACGGCGGAAUCGCGGGCAUCAUUGGCGUGACAUGUGUCUUCCCACUGGAUUUGGUCAAGACGAGGCUGCAGAACCAGCAGGUCGGACCCAAUGGCGAACGCAUGUACAACAGCAUGUUCGAUUGCUUCCGAAAGACGUACAAGGCCGAAGGAUACUUUGGCAUGUACCGCGGCUCUGGCGUGAACAUCCUGCUGAUCACUCCCGAAAAGGCCAUCAAAUUGACUGCCAACGACUACUUCCGCCACAAGCUGACCACCAAGGAUGGCAAACUUCCGCUGACCAGUCAGAUGGUUGCCGGCGGCCUGGCCGGUGCAUUCCAGAUCAUCGUCACCACGCCCAUGGAGCUGCUCAAGAUCCAGAUGCAGGACGCGGGUCGAGUGGCGGCGGCAGCCAAAUUGGCUGGCAAGACGGUGGAGAAGGUGUCGGCCACCCAGUUGGCCUCGCAAUUGAUCCGGGAGAAGGGCAUCUUUGGGCUGUACAAGGGUAUUGGAGCCACUGGAUUACGGGAUGUCACCUUCUCAGUCAUUUACUUCCCCCUAUUCGCUACGCUCAAUGAUCUGGGUCCCAGGCGCAAUGACGGUUCUGGAGAGGCCGUGUUCUGGUGCUCCUUCCUUGCCGGUUUGGCAGCAGGUUCAACCGCUGCCCUUGCCGUCAAUCCCUUCGAUGUGGUCAAAACGCGUUUGCAGGCGAUCAAGAAGGCUGAUGGCGAGAAGGAGUUCAAAGGCAUAUCCGAUUGCAUCACUAAGACGCUUAAGCAUGAGGGACCCACCGCUUUCUUCAAGGGCGGUCUGUGCCGAAUGAUUGUGAUUGCCCCUCUGUUCGGAAUCGCUCAGACUGUCUAUUAUCUGGGCGUGGCCGAGGGUCUGCUGGGCGUGCAGAAAAAAACAAACGAAAUAUAUACUAUUGUACUAAAAUUGAAGUUUUGGGUAGAUAUGUUGAAAAGAAUAGAAAACGAAAAACCAGCACAGUUUGAUGUUUUGCCCAAGAUCAUAAAUGGUGGCAUUGCCGGAAUUAUUGGUGUGACAUGCGUCUACCCACUGGACAUGGUCAAGACACGACUGCAAAGCCAGCAAAUCGGACCCAAUGGCGAGCGCAUGUACACCAGCAUCGCCGACUGCUUCCGGAAGACGAUCGCCAGCGAAGGGUUCUUUGGCAUGUACCGAGGCUCCGCGGUGAACAUCCUGCUGAUCACCCCCGAAAAGGCCAUCAAAUUGACGGCCAACGACUACUUUCGCUACCAACUAGCCACCGCUGAGGGGGAUCUAUCCCUGCCGCGGGCAGCAUUGGCCGGCGGCCUGGCGGGCCUGUUCCAGAUCGUGGUCACCACUCCCAUGGAGCUGCUCAAGAUUCAGAUGCAGGACGCCGGGCGGGUGGCCACUGCCGCCCGGGCAGCGGGACGUGAGGUGAAGCAGAUGACGGCCAUGGGUCUCACCAAGCAGCUCCUCCGUGAGCGGGGCGUCCUGGGGCUGUACAAGGGAGUGGGCGCCACCGGGGUGCGGGACAUCACAUUCUCGGUGGUGUACUUUCCGCUUAUGGCCACCAUAAACAACAAAGGGCCUCGCAAGUCGGACGGUUCCGGCGAGGCGGUCUUCUACUGGUCCCUGCUGGCCGGACUACUGGCCGGGAUGACGGCCGCCUUCCUGGUCACACCGCUGGACGUGAUCAAGACCCGGCUGCAGGCCGAUGGCGAGAAGGAGUUCGACGGCAUCGUGGACUGUGUGCGGAAGACCCUGAAACGCGAGGGUGUGCCGGCAUUCUUUAAAGGCGGUCUCUGUCGGAUGAUGGUAGUGGCACCCCUGUUUGGAAUCGCACAAAUGUUCUACUUUUUGGGCGUGGGCGAGAAGAUUUUGGGCAUCGAGCAAAGGAAAUCAGUGUAAAAUGAUUUCGGAGACCAUUUUGAAACACAUACACAUCUAUUACUUAACACUUUUUAAAUCAUUUUAUAAAACCUAACAAUAACCAAGUUGGUUUAGCUCCCUCUAAUUGCCGGAUAAUAUAAAAUUUACGUCAUGGACUAUUAAUUUGGAAUCGUAAAAAUUCUAUAAUUGCUAACUCAAUAAAUAAAA